GAAAAGGAGAAGCUCUAGCGAGUUUCUCAGCACUAGAUACACCAGCGAUCUGGGCCCAGCACUUGUCUUCCUCUACAAACUGCUUUCUUGUUCGCCUCUGAAGCUGAUUCUACUUUGUAUACUCUCUUCAACCUAUAACUUACCCUCCGCGACACAUCUCCAACAUGGCCUCAGUCAUAGACAAUGAAGAUUCGACCCAUACAUCUCAUGAUAGUGAUAAAGCAUCAGAUUUAUCUCACAGCAGCCCACCAUCACCCCUCAGUAUUGGUGUCGAUUCACAGCACGUCUCCAAGCAUCUACCGACCGCUGACGAUGAAGUUCCAACCCCAGCCACCCACAAAAGUGUAGAACCCCCAGAUUCUUCGUACAGAAGCUCUGGAGUUUCUCCUGGUGAUGGAAUCUGUCCAACAACAUCGCAGUUCAAUUUGUGCUAUCGAUCCAAGCUUGCUCAGUGGAAAUAUGCGGCCACUGCGCAUAUCCCGGGUUCUGACUCGUUGAAAUUCUACAUACAAUCCUUCGUAGACCUGCUCAAGGACGUUCCUCCAUUUUUCCAUUCGCCUCCGGAAGAGGUGGUCAGAAAUAUGGGAGACUGUCUUAUCGAAUCCGAGAUAUGCAUCGACUCGACACAGGAUCCCUCCUGCGAUCAACCUCGUAUGUCACUCAAGUAUCGUCACUUCAUCGCAAAGCCACGGCCUGUCACAUGCCGUACUGCUACGGAGAUGCCAACAGAAGUUGCAAUCCCCGCUUCUGCCAGCCCUCUUCGUGCCGGGUAUUUCACGAGCAUCGCCCUAGCGUGGUCUUAUAUCCUUUCUUCCCGCUGGGUGGAGAUUCUACAGCAAGCUGGGUUGGAGUGCCACAUGUUUCAUGCAAAAGGCUUGCAGCUUGAAAACUCUUUCUGGGACAUUGUUCUGCAGGGUCAUUGGGAAGCUCGGUGCAGAGACCCCGGAGACGAGGAAGAACAACUCUACUCUCCUUGGAUGCUGAGAUUGUCUGACAUCACAAACCUCCAAGAUGAAUGGAAACCGGCCGCUUCAGAUUCAGCCCUUGCUUUUGGCGCCCUUGUCGAAUUUUGCAAAUUUGAAGGCCUCGAAGGAGAGUUACUCAUCGGUCUUACUUCGAUCCUAAAUCUAGAAUCAUGGACGAUAGCUCGGCCCAAAUUUCCUCCUCCCGUGAUGAUCUCAGCCAUGCCUAUGAGCCCAGGCCCGGUUUGCAAGAACACGAUCUACUACAAGCUGUUCCGAUCGAUCGAUCAAUGCAUGUUUCUCAGCACAACAGGAGAGGCUAUCGACUCACUGAUUUGCAGCGUGUUCUUCGAUCCUAGCGUGCCCUGCAAUCUCGUAGGAGCCGCGUACUUAGGUAUAAGUGAAGCUCUCUCGCCAUUGAACAAGCUGAGCGAGGGGCAGCUGCACUCAGAGCACAAAUCCUUUGAAAAACUAGGUCACCCUAUUGACAAUAUUGAUGAACGGCAGCUCCUCCAUGCAAUCACGUAUGAAAAACCAUAUCUGAGUCUAUUCUGGGCAGCCGCAAUCUACACCAGCCAGGCGAGGCGAUUUUUGAGCCCUUCGCUUAGCGGGACAUCAAUUCUUUGUCUGCCUGCCGCAUACUGGACAAACACAACUCAAAUGUUCCUUCAGAUGAACUAUCGUUCAACCUCUUCCGAAGAGCUCUUGAGCACUCGGGUGGAUGAGUUUCAGACCUCGCACUUUUGUCUGUCCAAUCCUAGUUCGUUGCCGUGGCCAUGGUCUCCCGCACCGCCAUUUGGCUCGACUCCAGUAACAAAUCUAAGCCUCGAAGCUAGGGAGCACCUUCCACACAUGCAUAGACCUCUUUCUUGGCAGAUAUACUGGAUACUAGAAUCUGGGCAAAGGAUUCCUGCGAGCAGCAAGCAUGCCUUCGACAGUUCGAAGGUUCAUACCAUCAAUUACUUUUGUUGUGCAGGGGAUGCUGACGAAUUACCUCACCCUUUGAGAGAUUUAGCUGAAGUGCAAUCGCACAAUGGAACACAAAGGCUCUUCUGUUGGCAGAGACAUCAUGAGGGUGCUAUAUGGCUUGACAAUGGGUUGGGUGACCUUGACGCAAUCCGACGUAUGCAGGUACAUCCUUGGAUCAAAGAACCCUGGAACAACGAUGACUUUCCGAUUUCUAAACCUCAACACAAGGAGCUUGAUCUAGAGAGAAUCUUGAAAUGGAGAGAUGCGGUAGAGCACGAUGGCUACUAGAAGCUUGAUUCAUGAUAAUGUGAAAUGGCCU